AUGCUUGAAGAUCCCCAACUUGUUCCCGACUCCCGAGUCAGGAAGUCUGCAAGUCGCCAGUCGCGGUCCUGCAAAGUCUGCCGACUCCGCAAGGUCAAGUGCGACCGUGUGAAACCCUGCCACGCAUGCUGCGCCCAUGGCUAUCCUUCAAGAUGUGUAUAUGACAGCGUGCCUGAAGAGGAAGCCCAGCCCAUUAGCCAAGCAGAGGAGAUUCGGAACCUGCGGGCAGAGAUCCGAGACCUGCGAGCGAGAAUUGCCGACAGACGUGAUGACUCGCGCGACCAAGACUUGCGGCGGCUGGACCAGCUAGAGAGCUUGUUUGAGUCUAUUCGUUCGGCCCCACUCAGUGUGGUCGAUAGUAUUGUCCGCGAAAUUCGAUCUGCACAAGGUGGGCUAAAGAGAAAUGCGGUUCCCGUUGGGCCAUGGGAGGGUCGAGAAGCGUAUGAAACCAUCAAUACCUCUGCCUCCCCAUCUCGCCGGCAUCUUCUGGCGGGCCCAGAUGAGGACUUUAAUGAUGUGCCUGAACUCGAUGAAGAUGGCGACCGGGGAGAACUCAUGUCAGUGGCCAGCGGUUCUGAUUCUUCUUCUUCGUCGUCGUCGGGCACAAUUUCAAUCAUGAGCAUGCAGCGACCUGCCGUGGAUGUUUUUGUCCAGCGAUUUGUCGAUGCGUUUGCCCCAGAGGUAGAUGUCAAGUCUGGCCGCGCUGGCGCGUUGCGGGCUGCAGCAGAGGUCCGAAUGUUCUCUCCACUCAUCACCGAUGCUUUCGAGGCCGUGUCAGUGGCGUUCUUUGGGCGUUCGGUCCAAGACAAGCAGAUCGAGGCCUCCGGCUUUCGGCUUUACCCGCGAGUGUUACGUGGACUGCAAGACGCAUUGAUGGAUCCGGAGCGAUGCAAAGCUGAAUCGACGCUGGUUACCGUCAUUCUUCUUCUUGCUUUUGAGAGCGUGGAGCGCACUACUCAACGCGGUGUCGCAGCUCAUGUCAGGGGCGCAGUGCGCCUAAUUGAGCAUCGUGGACCGGAAAACCACAUGUAUGGGGUCGAGCAUCUUCUUUUCACCGAGCUUCGCCCAUAUUGGAUUGGCGGUGCUAUGGCGGUUCGACAACCCUCAUUUUUAGCCCGCGAGGAAUGGAAGACAAUACCCUGGUCGGCCGGGACGACUACAAAGGAUAUUCUCCAUCAUUUAUUAGACCUGGCCACCGAGGUCCCGGGUCUACUGGCCCAAUCCGACUCAUUCAAACGGGCUAAUCGGGCUUCUAUCAUGAGCGCACAGGAGAUGGCCGUCAAGCAGACCGCGCUGUGGAACCAAAUCUCCGAGCUCACUGCCUUUUUCCAUCAAUGGCGCCGUGACUGGGUUGACACAUACCCCGAUGGGCCUUCACAGGAAGUUGAGCAAACCUCCGAUCAAGAAUUCCCUGUCUUCCAGCAACGUGACUUUCGCACCGGCGCCGCCUUUCCCCCGACCAAGUUCUCCUACCCAAACCUCCUCUUGGCACAGACCAUGUGUCUUUAUUACGCCUUCCGGCUGGUUUUGUCGUCGAUCGAUACGAGACCCCAGGAUCGGGUCACACCCAUAGAGCAAUACGAAUUGGCGUGUGGGAUCUGCCGCUCGUUGGAGUUUUACAUCAUGACCGCUCCAGGCAACAUGAUCAACCGCCUUGCGUUCCCCACCCGUGUGGCCUGGGAGGCAUUCCCGGACGAUGGCCCGGAGCGCAAAUUUAUGAUUGAGGUGCUGCAGCUGGUCGAGCGACGGCAUUCCCUCGGGCUUUGGGGUAGCGCCGCUAUGGAGGAGCUGUCGACACAAGCAGACUCACAAAUGUCUCGCGAAUAA